AUGGAAGGCAACUGGGCAGCUUCGUCAGCAGAAAAUGAGAAGCACAAAACCCACUGGAGCGACGACGAGACGCGCGCGCUUUUGAAAGUCUGGGAGGACCACCUCAGUGACUUGCGCAAGACGAAGCGCAACCUGAAAGUCUACGUCGCCAUAGCCGAGUGCCUGCGUGCGCAAGGGGUGGAGAAGAGUGUGAAAGAAAUAAAAAGCAAGAUGGAAAAUUUGGGAAACCGGUGCCGGAACCUCAGCCGAAAGACGACCGGACAAAGAGCCAUUACGUGGAGAUUUUACAAGGACAUUUCUAGGUUCCUUGGCAGCCUGCCAAUGAACGACAGCAGCCUCACUGAUGAAACGUGUGGCGAAGACGCCACUGUUGAAAUACCAGCGCCACGGCGCACCUUGAACGAGCACGGUUUUCUGGACGUGGAGGCGAUGGACAACGACGUGUUCUACCGCAUGUUUCGGUUUGAGAAGAUCGACUUCCGUGACCUAGUAUCAACUCUUCAGAUUCCGGAAGAGGUCGUCAGCGCCCAGCGCGUCCGUGUUUCAGGCAACGAGGCGCUCUGCAUUACGCUUCGGCGCCUAGCCUACCCGAACCGUCUGUGCGAGCUCGAGCUACUGUUCAAUAGGCACAGCUCUGUGCUAUCGAGCGUGGUGUCGACAGUGUUAGCGCACAUCGAGUACCACUUCGACCAUCUACUCGCUGACCUGACGACGCACCAAUGGUUGAACUUGCUCGCCAUCGAGAACUUCUCUAAGGUAAACACAAAUGGCAUACACAAAUCUGCACACCAUACAUGA